UUUCAUUAUGUGAUUACAAAACAGUUCUCAAGAAACUUAAAAACUCGUUAUUUUAUUUUAUCUCCGUCAAUGUAGUGAAUUAGUUCAUCAGUGUUAAUACUUGAAAAUGUCCAUCCAGAAGAAACUAAUAGUCAUUGGUGAUGGCGUCUGCGGAAAAACCUGUCUUUUAAUAGCAUUUGCCAAAGACGAGUUCAAUGAAAACCACAUACCCCCUGUGUUCGAAACUUAUAUAGCAGAUGUUCCAGUUAACGGCAAAAAUGUCGAAUUGGCUCUUUGCGACACUCCCGGGCAAGAGGACUAUGAUCGUUUAAGACCCAUCCAAUAUCCAGAAACAGAUGUUGUUUUGAUUUGCUUUUCUGUAGCAUGGCCAGAUUCUUUCGAAAAUGUUCGCGUUAACUGGUGGCCUGAAGUGAAACACUUUUGGCCGAAUGUACCUAUUUUGCUAAUUGGUACAAAAAGUGACUUAAGAGAAAACAAAAAAAAACUGGCAAUGCUAGAAAAGAUGGGGAAGAAACCAGUAGCAAGAGAAGACGCGGAAGCUCUUGCUAAGAGAAUAGAAGCAGUAACCUAUCUUGAGUGUUCCGCAAAGACUAAAUUCAAUGUUCACCCUGUAUUUACGGAAGCGGCUAGAGCUACGAUUAGUCAAAAGAAGAAAAAGAAAAAAUCUAAUUGUGUAUUAAUUUAAUUUUAAAAUGACAAAUAUGC